AUGAGUUCAAUUCCACCCGUAUACAACCUAGGGGAUCCAAAAUCUUUUGCGUUCUCUACCUGUAGAGAAAGAUGGCCGAAAAUCAUGAAACGAGCAAAGGCUGAUGUUAUCUCCCAUAUAGAGAAGUCCAAUGAUAAAGAAUUGAAGGAGCAAGGUGAAAUCAUUGCCAGGGAUAUCGACACGAUCAUUGCUAGCUUUCACGGCAAUGCACCAAUUAAACGCUUCUCGUCUAAAGAUGUUUCACUGAUUCCAAGUUUGCAAUCUUACAACGAUGAAUUGGAUACACUUGAUUCGCAACCAUCUUGGUUGAAUGGUCCAUGGUUAUUCACUGAAUGUUAUUUGUAUAGAUUGCUAGAUUUGAAAAUAAAGCAACAUAGCAAGUGGUUUGAAUUCGACGUUUUCGAAGAUUUGAAGAGAAGCACUUUCAAAUCUUCACAAUCCGGUAUUUACGAACUUGCAAUAAGAUCUAAAUGUUUGAGUGAAGAGUUGAAGAGAACUUCUGAACCGGACAUUGAGAAAUUGAAGAUUUUAUUUGAGGAAUUUAUUGACAUUUCAUUAUGGGGUAAUGCCACUGAUUUGUCGUUGUUAGCAAAUGCCACUCUAGAGGAUAUUCAAUCUAGACAAGGAAAGGAAGCCCGGGCCAAAUCUGCAAAGAACAUUAUUGACAACGACCUUCCUGAAGCGUGGGAGAGACUUCUUUCAGUUCCAUUUGAGCAAAGAAGAAUUGAUAUCGUCUUGGAUAAUGCAGGUUUUGAGUUUUAUACAGAUUUGGGAUUGACUCUUUUCCUUCUAGAUUCAAAGCUCGUAAACAACGUUACUUUCCAUUGUAAGACAAGACCAUGGAUGGUUAGUGAUACAAUGGUUAAAGAUUUCGAUCUUUGGAUACAAGACAUGAAAAACACUGAAUGGUUUCCGGACCAUCGUGAAGAACUCGAUUACUUUGUGGAUUCUAUCAUUUCUUAUUAUAAGUGCGGUAAGUUCCACUUGACCGAUUCCGAAUUUUGGACCUCUGCAUUAGAUUAUUGGAGACUAUCCCCAGAGGAAACUAAAUACGGAGGUGCUCAGUUGUACGAAUACUUUCAAGAUUCUACUAUAGUUAUCAUCAAGGGUGACUUGAACUAUAGAAAAUUAACAGGUGACAGAGAAUGGCCUAAAACCACACCAUUUAAAACAGCACUUAACUCUCUAGCACAUUCCAACAUCCAUAUUCUGGCAUUGAGAACCUGCAAGGCUGAUGUUUGUGUUGGAUUACCGGAUGGGCUAGAAGAAGAACUAGUUGAAAACUGGAAAAAAGCUGGUAACGAAGUAGGUGAAUUAUGGUGCUCUUCUGGUAAAUGGGCUGUUAUUUCUUAUAGUCCAGGUAAUUGA